CCGCCCCUAGACUGGCCUUGGGCGCUGCGGCCCGCUAGCGUUACUUCCGCCAGCCAAUCCUCAGAGGUUCCCAAGGCGCUCCCGGGGGGUGGGCUCGGCUGGCGGCAAGGGGCAGUGGCUGGCCUUCCAGGUAGCCGCAAGGAUGUCAGUGCAUUUAUAGGAAUUGCCUGAAGCCAGAGUCAUGGUGGAUGUAGGAAAGUGGCCAAUCUUCACUCUGCUUUCACCUCAGGAAAUUGCAUCUAUUCGGAAAGCAUGUGUCUUUGGCACCUCAGCCAAUGAAGCACUGUACGUUACUGACAGUGAUGAGGUCUUUGUAUUUGGACUGAACUACAGUAACUGUCUAGGAAUUGGAGAUAACCAGAGUACACUUAUACCCAAAAAGCUAGAAGCUUUAUGUGGAAAGAAGAUUAAAAGCCUUAGUUAUGGCAGUGGACCACAUGUUCUUCUCAGCACUGAAGAUGGAGUUGUUUAUGCCUGGGGCCACAAUGGAUAUAGCCAGCUUGGGAAUGGGACAACCAACCAAGGCAUUGCUCCCAUCCAAGUCUGUACCAAUCUCUUGAUCAAGCAAGUGGUUGAAGUAGCUUGUGGCUCACAUCAUUCAGUGGCUCUGGCAGCUGAUGGAGAGGUAUUUGCUUGGGGCUAUAACAACUGUGGCCAGGUGGGAUCUGGAUCCACAGCAAAUCAACCAACUCCUCGAAAAGUUACAAACUGUUUACAUAUUAAGAGGGUAGUAGGCAUUGCCUGUGGUCAGACCUCAUCCAUGGCUGUUCUGGACAAUGGUGAGGUAUAUGGCUGGGGUUACAAUGGCAAUGGUCAGCUUGGCUUGGGAAACAAUGUCAAUCAGCUGACCCCUGUGAGAGUAGCAGCUUUGCACAGUGUGUGUGUGAACCAGAUUGUCUGCGGCUAUGCACACACUCUAGCACUAACAGAUGAGGGCUUGCUCUAUGCCUGGGGAGCUAAUACAUAUGGGCAGCUGGGAACUGGCAAUAAAAAUAACCUGCUAAGCCCAGCACACAUCAUGGUGGAGAAAGAAAGGGUAGUAGAAAUUGCAGCCUGCCACUCUGCCCACACAUCUGCUGCCAAGACCCAGGGUGGUCAUGUGUACAUGUGGGGCCAGUGCCGGGGCCAGUCAGUGAUCCUGCCUCAUCUCACCCACCUCUCCUGCACAGAUGAUGUAUUUGCCUGCUUUGCCACUCCUGCCGUCUCCUGGCGCCUCCUGUCUGUUGAGCAUGAAGACUUUUUAACAGUUGCAGAGUCCCUGAAGAAAGAAUUUGACAGUCCAGAAACUGCUGACCUAAAGUUUCGAGUUGAUGGGAAAUAUAUCCAUGUCCAUAAAGCUGUUUUGAAAAUCAGGUGUGAGCACUUUCGAUCCAUGUUCCAGUCUUAUUGGAAUGAGGAUAUGAAAGAAGUGAUAGAAAUAGACCAGUUUUCUUACCCAGUGUAUCGUGCCUUUCUCCAGUUCCUCUACACAGACACAGUUGACCUACCACCUGAAGAUGCUAUAGGCCUUUUGGAUUUGGCAACAUCUUACUGUGAAAACAGACUGAAAAAACUUUGUCAGCGCAUUAUCAAGAGGGGAAUCACUGUGGAGAAUGCCUUUUCAUUAUUCUCUGCUGCAGUCAGAUAUGAUGCAGAGGAGCUUAACUUUGGGAUACCAGAUGACUUUUCCUUCAUUCUGUGGGUUGAAAUGCUAGGAGAUGGAGACUACCUGCUUCUUACAUUUCUUCCCUUUUCUAUAAAUGUUAUUGUUGUUCCUCCAUACCUCCUUUGACAAGAUAAUUUUGAAGCAAAUGUGCACAAAUAAAAGCAACAAAAAUGUAUGGAUCGAUACAAAGAAUUUUGAAAGUAGCUAACUCUUGUGGAGCCUUUGCGUUAUGAAUACAUUGUCAAACUGUCUAAAUUUUAACGCAGUGAAAAAGGACUUGGAGAAGAAGCACUUAAAUAUUUCUCUAGCACAAAUCCAAAUAAAUAUUGACAUCAAGGGAGAAAAUGGAGUAAAAUACUGUCUCAGGAUAGUUUUGUGUCACAUCAUAAAAAAUUUGAAAUGCUUCUGUUUAUACUAUUUCAGUAAAUUUUUGUUUUCUCUGUAUAUUUGAACUUUAGGAGAAAUAGUUGGGAAGAAUUAUUUGUUUAACCAGAUUACAGAACUUUCUAGAAAAUUCUACUUGUUAAGCAACUUAUGUCUUAGAAUUUUGUUCUUUUGGUAAGCCAUAAAUAUGACUUUAGAAAUCUAAUCCCAAAAUUGGUUUGGGAUGUGAUAUUGGAAAACUUUGUGCUGAAGUCAGAUGGUCAGCAUUUUUUAUUCUUUUUGAGGGCCAAAUUAAAAGUUAUAUAUCAUCAGUAGAUUGUAAAUAUUUUUUGAGUAGUGAGAGAAAGCACCUUUAUUUUUUCCAUAUUGUUAGAUAUUUAAGUACAUUCUAAAAAAACAAAACCAUUUUAGUCUGUAAUAUUUUAUACUCGAUAUAUUAUAAAAUGAAUUCUAGACUUACAGUUUUGGGGUUUUUUAUUACAGUUAUUUUAACAAGUUUAGACAAAGGUGUGAUUCACCAUAUCUUGCCAUCUGAAUGUGUCUCAAGGUUGGUUUGUGACAUGGAAUAACAACUUGUUUUCAGAAUAUGUAUAAUGAUUGAAAUAAUUAAAUCAAAUGUUUAAAAAUUUGGAAUGAUGGUACUUCCUUUUGACCCAGCAAGUCCACUCCUGUGAUUAUACCCUCAAAUCCUUUUGAACACCAGUUCGAAAGGACCUAUGCACCCCUAUGUUCAUAGCAGCAUUAUUUAUAGUAGCAAAGUACCAGAAACAGCCUAAGUGCCUAUAAGUAAAUGAGUGGAUCAAAAAACUGUGGUACAUUUACACAAUGGAAUACUACGCAGCAGAAAGAAAGAAGAAACUCCUACCCUUUGUAAUGCAUGGAUGGAACUGAAGAAUAUUAUACUAAAUGAAAUAAGCCAGGCAGUGAAAGACAAAUACUAUAUGGUCUCACUUAUAAGAGGAACUUAAUCAACAGAACAAACAAAUGAGCAAAAUAGAACCAGAGGCAUGGAACAGAUUGACAGUGAACAGAGGAGAGGCAGGUAAGGAGGGAAGGAAGGGGAGAAGUCAAGGCACAUGUAUGAAAAACUCAUGGGAAUGGACAACAGGUUGGUGAUUGUGUGAACAAGGGGUGGGAUGGACAGAGGAGAAAAAAGGAAGAAAAUUGGGACAAUUAUAAUAGAACAACAAUAAAAUUUUUAAUUAAAAACUUUGGUGUGAAAUUAUAAAUUAUUUCAGAUAGCAGUUUUAAAUUUUUAUCUUCCUUAAUAAUUACAAGUAUUUUACACUGUUUGCUUCAGAACCCCUUUCUAAUAAUUUCACCACAAAUUGUCUUAAACAUGGACUUUAGUUUCCAAAAUACCAACAACACUGCAUUAGACCUUGAAUCUCCCACUUCCUUAUUCCAUGGUCCUUGAGAAGACUCUUUCAUCCUGUCAUGAAUUUUAUUCAUCUGCUGGUGAAGUGAUCAUUCUUGUUUUAUUUAAAGUCCAGCAGUCCUCUUACAGUUGACAUAUUGGUUGGGUAAGAGUUGCAUUUUCUUUUGUUGGCAAUUGAAGAUCUGUUCAUUUGAAGAAUGAGGUGAACAGAUCAUGCAGGUUCUUACAAUAUUUCAGAAUUAUCAGAAGGAUGUUUAUCUAAUUCACACAUCAGAGCAAACUGCAUCAGGGCACUGUGUGAAUCAGUUGCUGUGUGAAUCAGCUUGGCUCUGGCAGUCUCAAAAUUCAUGCAAACUUGAGGAUUCCAGUUUUCUCUCCCUUCAAGUGCAUUCAAUGCUUUCUUUUCCAUAGAUCUGAUCUGCCUUCACCAAGGUUCAGUUACUUUUUUAAACAAUGGAUAUUUAGAUUAUUUUCAGCAUUCUCUAGGUAUAUACUUUUAUUGUUUGAAACUGUUAAACAUUGUUGAAUACUGAGAAAUCUCACAAACUGAAACUAAUUGAAGGGGAAGAGAAGCUAGUUUGAUGUAUUUUUAUUGAUAAGUAAACUGAUUUGUAAUUGGAAGUGCCAUUUGUAUUUUUAUACUAUACAAAAAAGUUCUUAAGGUUUGUGCUUGUAAUCUGUAAUUAGUAAACUGAAGAAAAACUCAUUUCUCAUACAUACUAUAAAGAUCUUGUAUUCCAAAUUAGUCGACACAGAAGUGAUAAGAUUUUACAGUGC